AGUGAGGUGGCAGUCAUCCGGUUCCUACUCUGCAGUGCACAGAAGGAAAUAUUCUCUGCGUUCAGCCCGUCUGUAUAGCUGUCUGUUAAUCAAAAUAUGCAUGCGUCACAUGGACUAGGCUACGUUACGCACUCUGCAUGCUUCAGAUUGUAAUGAGAGGAAAGUAUAGCCUAGUAGCUUACAGUAAGGCAGAGGGAGAGGAAAGAAAGCGACAUCGAGAGGCUGGACUUCGCCUGGGAAGGCUACCCUGCAGUCUCCCUCAUGUUUCCUCCAGGGCACUUCUUCGCAUUUACACUGUCCCCACUCCCGUUCACUUUAUUUUGACGUUAUUUAGACGCUAUUUAUUUUUUUGGUAAAGAGAGGACCCGAAACCAUGGAACUUUUUUGCUUCGAGGACAAAGUCUUGAGAGCCGAACCUGAUCAAAACAUUCUGUGUGAUGACAGAGUUUUGCAAAGUCUGUUAACCAUUGAAGACAGGUUCCUACCACAGUGUUCGUAUUUUAAAUGUGUCCAGAAGGAUAUACAACCGUAUAUGAGACGAAUGGUUGCAGCAUGGAUGCACGAGGUUUGUGAAGAGGAGAAGAGUGAAGAUGAUGUGUUUCCUUUGGCCAUUAACUAUUUGGACAGAUAUUUAGCUGUUGUGCCCACUAGAAAGAGUUACUUACAACUCCUAGGGGCUGUGUGCAUAUUCCUUGCCUCCAAGUUAAAGGAGAGUCGUCCAUUAACUACAGAAAAGCUCUGUAUGUACACAGACAAUUCCAUCACACCAAGGGAAAUACUGGAGUGGGAGCUGGUUGUCCUGGGCAAGUUGAAGUGGGACAUGGCGGCGGUCAUUCCCAAUGAUUUCAUCGAGCACAUUGUGCGCAGGCUGCCCCUGCCCAUGGACAAGCUUGCCGUUGUCCGCAAGCACACCGAGACAUUCAUCGCUCUGUGUGCCACAGAUUUCAGCUUGGCCAUGAACCCCCCCUCCAUGAUCGCCACAGGCAGCGUGGGAGCAGCCGUCUGCGGCCUGCAACUGGACCAGGCCGACAAGUCACUGAGCCGGGACAAUCUGACUGACCUGCUGGCAAAGAUCACCAACACGGAGGUGGACUGUCUGCGGGCUUGUCAGGAGCAGAUUGAGAGAGUCCUGGCUAGCAGCCUUAGGGAUUGCCAUCAGCAGAGUAAGGAGACUGGAUCCAAACGAGCAGGCAGCAAGGCCAUGGAGCAGCAGGCCCAGUCCAGCACCCCUACAGACGUACGCGAUGUCAACCUUUGAGCUUCCAUUGCCACCACACACUCUGGAUGAUGUCUGUCAAUGAACUCAUGCGAAUGGGUUUCCCCAAGGUUCAACAUCAACCAAUGAGCUGCCAGUAUCAGCAUUUGCACCAAGUUAACCGGUGAUCUACUAUCACAUCAAGUUGUGUGCUUUGAUUUUUAACAUCUAUGAUUUGUAUCUUUUUGUCCCAUUUAUAUAAAAUUUGUACGGUCACAUAUUGGCUACCAGUGUGCUAUGCCAUCAAAUAAGUACUAUCAAACAAGCUAUUUUAAAACAAAAUGUUUUUGAAAACUUGAUGGUGCCUUUUUGGAAAUGGAAACCUGCGAAACAUUUCAUACUUGAAAUAAUAUAAAGUUUAAAGUUUUCAGUUGAUAAAAGCUUUAGUGAGGUGCAGGGAAUUAAAUAUUAUUAUUAUUAUCAUUAUUAAGGAAUUAUCCUUAUUAAGCAGAGAUGAAGUGGGUAUGUAUCACCUGAUAUCUGUUUAGAUUCCAUUAAACAGGAACCCCUGUAGUGCUGUUAGCAGGUGAUAUGCUGAUUGUACACAGCAUCCAUACUUGGCAUUUAAACAAAGCUAGUCUAGAGGAUAGGAGUGCAAGCCGCUGCUCCAGUAUAGUAUACUGUGCACCUGUAGCACUGCUUACUAUUUAAGCUUUUCUAUGCUGGCCAGGAGGGGGCUGGGCCCACUCAUAGAGAGAGAGAGAGAGGGUGGUGGGGUUGAGGAGGGAUAAUGUAAUAGUAGCUAAGGCUACUUCUUUAAAGGGUGAGAGAGAGGACAUUGGCUGUUAAGGUCUUAAUCUCACUGCUGAGUUACCAAACCCAUUCAUACCUUUAUUAGUACUGAAUUACUUUAUUUCUAGAAUAAUGUUAUAGGUCUGUGUGCUUGGAAGUUUUCGUAUGUUGUUAAGUCUGUGAUCUGAAGCAUAUACCAGUAUACUUUUGUCUCAGUAAAAUUAAUUAGGUUAUACGUUGGUAUGGAUCAGGUUACAAUUAUGGAGAAAGGAGUGGCAUGUUGUAGGGUUGGACAUGGGCUGGACAUUAGAGUGGUUGGUAAAAUUGUGUGUGGGUGAGUAAGGGGACAUGUCUGUGGAUUGGAUAGAAGUAUAUGGAAUAAAGUUUUAGAAAGUGAGCGUAGAAAGGAAAGUCAAUGGAAAUGGUGGAUAUGAUGAACAGCAGAUAGUGCAACAUACAAAGUACUGUAAAGGACAUACAAGAAUACUUAAUUCUAUGCAGUCCUAUGAUACUGCAGCGGCACAGCAGGACUAAAUAGUAACUUACUGCCAGUUUCUGAUAGCAGUUGAUAAGAUGGAGCUAGUGGGCAUACUGUAAUGUUACUGCAAUGCUGCAGUAUUCCCCAUUAGUGCCUUAUUUGGCUGUAUGGUAGAUAUUUAAGAUUUUCAUGGUCAAAGUGGGACUUGGAUUAACCUUAAUGCACUUUUAAAACACACUCCUUAAGAGUUGAAGGGGAAGGUGGUCGAAGACGAGAUGGUAGAGAAGUAGGGUGGUUUUCUUGUGUUGUUUUUUGUUUUUUUCUGUAAGUUAUUUGGUCUUUUCUGGGCUGGUUUCCCACUAGGGGCAAUGCACGUUUCCUCGAAAGCAUUCCCUGACCAGUAGUAGGGUUUACCAAUUUAUAGUUGUGUUAAAAUAUGGAACCAAAUCAAUUGCAAUGCAAACCUAGGAGAGCUAAUAUCAUACCUAGACUUGAUUUAAUUAAAUGAUUACAUCCAUUUAACUUACUUGAAUAAUAUUUUUGCCUGCUUUAUAGCCAAAUAUUGUGAUGGUUCUUUGAACUCAUGGUUACUUAUAUACAACAGUAUACAUACCAACAUCUGUUUUUCUUCCUGGUUUAUUGGUCAUCAAAGUUCAUUUAGAACUUAAUAAAGACAGACAUUUUGUAAGGUUUGACAUUCUUUAAGACAUGGUGAGUGGUUAGUUAGUUGAUAAGUGUUCUAUACCAUUAUUAAGAGUGAUGAGGAAAAAGUUCUGCAUAAACCUGUGGUGAAAUGAAAUGUAAGGUUUAUGAGGUGUGAGACUAUUUUCUUCACCAUUGGCAUGUUUAUCUGUGCACAGUUUUGGACCUCAAACUCAGAAAAACAUCAUGCAAAACAUCAGAAUGCAUUGAAAGGUUCAUAUAUGUGAAUUACUUUACAGGGGAGGUUAUUCCAAAAAUGAUAAAAACCAAAAUAGAUAUAUUUGUGUUUUAUAUUUGAUAUCUUUCUUUUGCUGCUAUUAAGCUUUUCUUUUCCUGUCUUAUACAAAGAUGACAUUGUCUAAUUGUAAGAUUCACUUGAGUGUGCUGCUAUAUAAUGAAUUUUGGAAAUGUAACUGUC